CACACGGGAGAGAAACCGUACAAGUGCAAACUGUGUGAUGCCGCCUUCGCACAAUCAAGUAAUCUGAAGACACACAUGAGAACCCACACGGGAGUGAAACCGUAUAAGUGCGAUCUGUGUGCUGGAGAGAAACCGUAUAAGUGCGAUCUGUGUGAUGCUACCUUUGCACAAUCGGCUAAGCUGAAGACACACAUGAGAACUCACACCGGAGAGAAACCAUAUAAGUGCGAUCUGUGUGAUGCUACCUUUGCACAAUCGGGUACACUGAAGACACACACGAGAACUCACACCGGAGAGAAACCUAUGUGAUGCUGCCUUCUCGGAUUCGAGUGCUUUGAAGACACACAUGAGAACUCACA